AUGGCUGCCAAAAGUGAUAAGAAAGUGAUUGUUGUGAGCAAAACGUCUGAUUUACAACGAUUGAAGCUAGAGAAAUUGAUGAAAAAUCCUGAUAAAGAGGUAUUUAUUCCUGAGAAAUCUAAAGAUCCUUCAGCUAAAAAAGCACCAGAAUUUAUACGGAAUGUUUGGGGGUCCAGUGCUGGAGCUGGAAGUGGUGAUUUUCAUGUUUAUAGAGGAGUUCGGAGAAGAGAAUAUGCCCGACAGAAAUUUAAUAAUGAAAAAGCUAAAAGGGAAGAGUUAGAUGAAGAAUUCAAAGCAAAAGUUUCUAAGAUAAAGGAGACGGAAGAAACUAAGGCUGCCAAGAAAAGAGCCAAGAGAUUAAAAAAGAAACAAAGACAGAAAGAUGCUAAGAAAAGGAAGAAGGAGGGAAAAGAAGAAGAUUCUGAGUCAGAAGAAGAAGAGGAGGAGGAAGAAGAAGAAGAAAAUGAAGAAGAGAAAAACCAAGAUACUCGAAAUCAUCCAGAUCAAGACUCACAAAAUGUUGAAAAUGUUAAAACAGAAAAUGACUGUUCAGAUAAAAAGACAAUCAGUGAAACAGAAAAUAGUCAUAAUACUUGAUGAAUUAUAUCUCUACAAUGUUUCUUGAAAAAAAAAAAAGGUGCAACAUAUUAUUAACUCUGAAAUUUGUGAUCUUCAGGAAGACAAAAAAGUGAUUUCAUGUUUACAUAGUAUUAAGAAUUAUCAUGCAUUUAUGAGAAAAAAAGGUCAUCAUUAAUAAUGCCUCUCUCCAUUAAAAAAUAUCAUCUUAUACAAUAAUAGCUGAGCUGCAUGUUAGUGUAUGUUACGUGAAAAUUUGUUUUUAAAAUAUCAUCAUGUAAGCAAAAAUGAAAUCAUGAAGC